UAUCUUAAACCUAAUCGAAUAGCCUCUACGUCAUAUUUAUGAAUUUACGAAAAUUCUUUUAUGCACGUCAGUACAAGUAAUUCAGCAGGUCUUAUCUCUUAAUAAUAUAUCACUUUUUGAAACUUUGGCACAUGCAGUUUUAAGAUAAAUACAUGGAAAUGCCGUUGCUUUGGUCCCGUUGAAAUCUCUGGCCCCCCGCACGCUGUUUUCUUUCUCUUUCUCUCUAUUUUCUUUAAUAGAAAUUUCUGUGUUAAUACGUGCCAAGAAAGAAAGAAAGAACGCUGUCGUUUCUGUACGUUGCUCUAGAGAUUCUCAUCCGAUCCCGCGCGCUGGGAGACAGAUCCCAAGCUAAGCCAGGUUAAUUAGCGAGGGUACUUAUGUACGUCAAUUGGUUCGGUUGGCAACUGGGACGGGAUGGGAGAAAAGAGAGAGACAGAGAGAUAUAGGAGCUAGCGAGAAUCAUAUUGAUCAGUAUGAUCAGAAUAUUGGAAUGGCAUUUGAUGCUCUUCUCCAUAUUCAAUACAAGAUGAUGUACGAAUAGCUGGGGGUUUGAUCUGUUUAAUUAGUGGGACAGAAUUCAUCUCUUCUCAAUAUAUACCCCUAGCUAGCUUCCGGCCUCAUAAUUGAUCGACGUACUGCUUGAGAGCUAUAAGAUCAACUGCUUAAUUGUUCUUGAGUUUCUUAAUUACCUUGUUAUAUAUGAAAGCUGCUGCUUCUUCUGCUAAUUUCCUCAAGAUCCAUUCGAAACAACUAAAAAAGGUCGAUCAUCAAUCCGAUCAUGUCAUCUGUUCUAGCACGAACAGGGCGACAUCGCCAACGUUAUGAGAACAAUUUUCGCCUUGUUUCUGGAUGUAUCCCUUACCGGAUAACAGAAGACAUCAAUGAUGAGGAUCAUAGCAGCAGCAGCAAUACCCAUAUUGAAAACAAGAUACAAGUUCUCAUGGUUUCUUCACCUGACCGCGACGACCGAGUGUUCCCUAAAGGUGGAUGGGAGGAUGAUGAGACUGUUUUAGAAGCUGCUUGUCGGGAAGCUUUCGAGGAAUCAGGGGUGAAAGGAACACUAAGACAGGAAACUCCUCUGGGAGUUUGGGAGUUCAGAAGCAAAAGUAGGCAGAACAUGUGCAGCCUGGAAGGAGGCUGCAGAGGCUACAUGUUUGCAUUAGAGGUAACUGAAGAGCUUGACACCUGGCCAGAGCAGCAAAACCGUGAUAGAGAAUGGCUAAACAUAAAGGAGGCAUUUAGAGUGUGCCGGUAUGAAUGGAUGCGUAGGGCACUGGAGCAGUUUCUGAGAGUUAUGGCGUCAGAUAAGGAUGAUGAUGAUGAUGGUACUGUGGGAAAAGCAGCUGUAGUACCAGCUGAUGAAGUAGUAGUGGAUGAUCAGAUCAUGAAUCAGAUGACAGAAUUAUCAGGAGAGUACGAUGAUCAUGAGAAUACAUUAGAUGAGGACUUAAUUGACCCGAACCUUGUGGUCCUCGUCCAGCCAUGAUCUCCAUGCCAAUGCCAUUGCCGUCGCCGGUGUUAUCGUUGCCAUUGUCAUCCAGCAACGUCAGAUCAUGAUCAUGUUGUGGCUGAAUGUCAAAGAGUGUCGACGUCAAACUGCUGCCUAAUUAAAGGCAUGUGAUGGCAACACUAGCUACAAGGAAAACCCCUUUAGAGACAAAACUGUUUUGUCACCAAUUAGUACAAUUUUGUCACUAAAGUAACUAGUAUGGGUGACAAAAUGAUUUUGUCGCUAAAUUUGUCUCUAAUACAGUGUGACAGAUUCUCAUUAGUGACAAAAGUAAAUUUUGUCACCAAAAAAGAUCAUAGACAAAAUCUGGUUCGUCUCUAAUCUACUCCAUAGUUGUCUCUCUUGCUGUGUAGAAUUCCGUGGAAUUCAUGAUUUAUGGUGGGAAAUUGACUGGAUCCCAAAUAUAAUAUUUUCAUCU